AUGGCAGCAAGCUCUAUCUCGGACGACGACAUGCAUACACGGACACCUGAUUUGGCCAGGCCCAUCAUGGGCCCGACCUUGGUGUAUACGCCGUCCUGGCUGGGCCAGGAAUGCGCAUACACAGUUCUUGGGCCCAGGAUUGGCCUGGCCCAGAUCGGCGUCGGCGCGCAGCUGUCAUCGCCCAUAUCGUUGCUCUGGGAGCUGCAGGAGGCGACCUCGGAGCCGAAUGUGUAUUGCUACGGUGCUGGCAUCAGCGCGUGCGAGAAGGGGGAGCAGUGGCAGCGAGCGCUGCUCCUGCUCAGCGGGCUGCGGGAAACACGGCUGGAGCCCAGCGUGGUCAUCCUCGGCGCUGCAGUCAGUGCGUGCGAAAAGUGCGGACAGUGGCAGCAGGCGCUGUCGGUGCUCAGAGAGUUGCAGGAAGCCCGGCUGGAGUCGAAUGCGAUCAGCUACAGUGCUGGAAUCAGCGCUUGCGAAAAGAGCGGCGAAUGGCAGCAAGCGCUGUCCCUGUUCGGCGAGCUGCGGGCGAGCGCCCUCGAGCUGGACACGACGUGCUACAACGCGGGGGUCAGCGCCUGCGAGAAGGGUGGGCAGUGGCAGCAGGCGCUGUGGCUGCUCGGCGAGCUCCGCGAGUCCAGGCUGAGGCUGGACCAGAUCAGCUACAACGCUGGAGCCGCCGCCUGCGAGAAGGGCGGGCAGUGGCAGAGGGCCCUGUGGCUGCUCCGCGGCCUGCGGGAGGCGAGGCUGCGACCCGACGUCUGCGGCUGCGGGGCCGCGAUCAGCGCGUGCGCGAAGGGCGGGCAGUGGCAGCAGGCGCUGUGGCUGCUCCGCGAGGCGCGGGGGGAGAGGCUGGAGCCCAACGACGCGUGCGGAAAAGGCAGGCAAUGGCAGCAGGCGCUGUCGCUGUUCAGCGAGCUGUCCGAGGCGAAGUCGCAUGUGGAUGAGAUCGGCUACAGUGCUAGCAUCGACGCUUGUGAGAAGGGCGGGCAGUGGCAGCGCGCGUUGUGGCUCCUCUGCAAAAUGAAGGAAGACCAGUUGGACCCAGAUGUGGUCAGCUAUAGUGUUGGAGUAAGCGCAUGCGAGAAGGGUGGCCAGUGGCAGAAGGCGUUGUCAAUGCUCGCUGAGGCACGGCAAGUCAAGCUGCAGCCGAACUCAGCUAUAGUGCCGGGAUCAGCGCGUGCGAGAUAG